AUGUUGCGAAAAGAGAAACAAAAAUCAACGAUACAAAGCAAAAGUCAAGCGGAACAACAAACAGAGACGAGCAACCAAAACAGAAGCAAAAAGAAAAGCGUCAGGUCAGUUGGAAAGCCUCGGAACGAGGAGGAAGAAGAAGAGCGGAUAGCUACAGUAAAAAAGCAAAAAAUGCCCAGGAAAAUAAAAGCAAAAAGGAAGCACUUGAAGAAAGAGAGAAGGGGAGGGAAAGGGAAAGUUGAAAACGAAGUUGCGGAAGUGGAAAGUAUGGGGAUCUAA